AAGCGCUACGGUACGGACGGAUCGGAUUUUCCGUGCGCUGUGUCUUGGUGCGGUGGCGGGUGCGAGCAAAGAAAAAAGAAAACCACGACUACCACGAUCACUUUCUUGCCCAUCGUGACGUACAAGCUUGUUUUGUUGUGUCCCGAGUGUACUUUGUGAACAGGAAAAUGGCACUUGCCACCAGCUAAUCUUCUGAAACGCGAUUCCCUCCUCACGAUGUAAGGCGGAUUGGAUGCAGCAAAUAGGAUCGACGGUGAUCAAAAGGGAAAGCAGUCAGUAUCAUUUGUUUGCUGCCAAUACGCUUUGGCAGUGGUUUUCGCGAUAGGUUCACUGGGGCUGGGGUUUUUUUUCUGCUCUCCACCAUUCCUUUUCCGGUUCGAAAUCCAACCCCGAUCAUCGUAAUAUCGUUUCGCAAUGGCAGCUGCCUAAAGGGUGGCAAAGUGUCGGAAGUGUACCGAUCAUCCGGCAGCCCGAUGGUGAUUGCUGUUUGUUGUGUAGUUUUAAUUAAAAAAGUAGUGUCCUCCCCGGGGCGGUGCAGUGUGACCUGGUGGAAAGUGUUGUUGAGUAACAGGAACAAAACGGCUUUCCCCGGCGUGUUCGAUGGUAGUGUGUUCAAUGGGGUAAACUUUUGCUCGUUACGGUCCCACUCACAGGCCCGAGGUUUUGUUGGGCCUUUCGAGGAAAUGGAAAGCGAAACCCCACGGACGGUUCUGUUGCUGUGUGUCAGCUGCUGUGAUGGCGCUCGUGUCCGAUUUAUUGCGUUUCCGUUGCGUUUCGAUUCGUGCUAAUGAUGGUGUGUGGCGGGGCAAUUAAAGAUUUGCGUUGCACAUUGAAUCCGUCGGAUUGUAGUGCUCUUUAUGGCUUUUCCAUCCGAGAAUCGAUCUUUAUGCGCGAAAUGUAGCGAAAGCGCAGUGAGCUGUUCGUUGCCUAGCGUUCAAGCUCAAGUUCAAGUGUCGCGGUGUUGGGGCACGCCAAAAAGGCCUGCCCUGAAUUACUAAUCAGCCAUAAAUUUUCCGAUGUAACAAGUGAUUCGGGAAGUGAACAUCACCGAAACAGUGUGCCAAAAGAAAAUCUGUGUUUGUGAGCGGAAAAAAAAGGAAAUAGCAAUCAUAAAUCGUACCUCGCUAAAGUGUAACUGUAAGGCGAACGAGAGAAAAAGAAUCCUCAGAAGGGGAAAGAUAAGCAAAAAAAAAUCUCUCUCUCGUAAGGUGAAGUCAGUUGCAAAGUGUGUCUUUAUAACUUGUGCUCGUUUGGAUGGCGAUAGCCAUCUCGUGAGGCUCGCGAGAAACGUUUCGGGGAAAAGUGCAGGAAAGGCGGAGCACAACUCCCAAAUGAAAUGAAUGUAGGAAUCAACGGAACAGCACCGGAGGCAACGAACAGGUACUGAGAAACUGUUCGCUCGGCUCGGCUGCCUCCUAAUGUGAUUGUAAAUACCGUGCCGAUUCGUAGUUACCGCCGCGUCACCCCAUGCAGCCAGCACAAAUGUCGCCCCUAGGAAGCCGGAGCUGGCGGGCGAGCUUUAGCAUCUCGUGCACCGUCGUCGCCGGAUGGUGCAUACAGUGAGCGUUUUACGGGCGCCUUAAUUAAGCGGGCAAGCAAACAGCAGAAGGCGUGACCACGGGAUGGAACGAACUGUUGUCCCGCGCUUUAGUGACACGUUUGUCGAUCGGUUCGAACAUUCGAAGUGUGAAAAAAUUCAGUGAAAUUCCACCAAAACAAAAAAAUAAAAGUCUCAAACGAACAAUAAGCACAAAAGCGUGUCAAUGUGCACCGCCAAAAAAUCACACACCGAUCGUGCAUAAUGAACGGCUCGAACGUCGACUACGAGGUGCAUCACCUGCUGCUCGGCAAUGGAAGCAGCAGUGGUGGUAGUAGUAGUAGUGGUGGCGGUGGCGCCACCUACGGCCAGGAAGCGGCGUUGGGCAGCAAUCUUAGCGCCCGGAUAGUGUCCAGCAACGAGAGUGUGCUAACGAUCGUGUCCUGCUACGAUGACUACCUGCCGAACGAGCUGCUGGUGGAGUUCGAGUUCUGGAUCAGCGGUGUGGUGAUGAACGUGGUCGCACUGAUCGGCAUCCUGGGAAAUAUUUUCUCGAUGGUGAUCCUGUCCCGGCCCCAGAUGCGUUCCAGCAUCAACUAUCUGCUGAUCGGGCUGGCUCGCUGUGAUACGGUGCUGAUCCUAACCUCCGUACUCAUCUUCGGCCUGUGUGCGAUCUAUCCGCACACGGGCUACCUGUACUACUAUCACUAUCAGAUCUUUCCCAAGAUUUCGCUCGUCGUGUACCCGCUGGCGAUGAUCGCCCAGACGGCUAGCGUGUAUCUUACGCUCACGGUCACGCUCGAACGGUACGUGGCCGUUUGUCAUCCGUUGCGGGCCCGCGCCCUCUGCACGUACGGUAGGGCCCGGCUGUACGUGGUGGGCAUACUGAUCUUUUCGAUCCUGUACAACCUGCCCCGGUUUUGGGAGGUGACGCUCAUAUCCUCCACCCAUCCGGACACCGGGCUGGUGAUCUACUGCGUGAAAGCGUCCGACAUGCGUACGAACGAGACGUACAUCAAGGUGUACAUCCACUGGCUGUACAUGAUCUUCGUGUACUUUCUACCGUUCAGCUUGAUCUCGUUCUUUAACCUGAUGAUCUACCGGCAGGUGCGGCGAGCGAACAAGGAACGGCAACGAUUGUCGCGCUCGGAAAAGCGCGAGAUCGGGCUCGCGACCAUGCUGAUCUGCGUGGUGAUCGUGUUUCUGCUCUGCAACCUGCCCGCCAUGAUGAUCAACAUCGUGGAAGCGUUCUACAGCGUGAUCAUCGAGUAUAUGGUGAAGGUGUCCAACCUGCUCGUCACCAUCAACUCGAGCGUCAACUUCUUCAUCUACGUCAUCUUUGGCGAGAAGUUUAAGCGCAUCUUCCUGUUGCUUUUUUGCAAACCCCGCGGCCGCCAAUCACCGGAUGACGGUCUUAUCCAUGACGACAGCUCCUUCUCGAACGGAGACGCCAGCAAUCGGAACUCGGGCCGUUUCCAGCGGGUCGGGACCACGCGCAGCACCUCGACCAAGCUGAGCAACUGCAGCAUGCGCACGAUCCGGACGACGGUCCGGAGUACGCGGGCGCCAUCGCCCGGCCCGAUCGUGUACUAUCCGGCACGGGAAACGCUGCCACGGCUCACGCAACCGCCAACGAUCACCCGCAGCAGCUCGAUGUUCCCCGACUGGAGCAACGGCCGGGGGGGCGAGAAUGGGACCAACGGGGGCAUUAUGAUGGCGUCGUCCGGAUUCUAGGUUGGAGCGUGUACAGCAACAGCACUGAGGUUUCGAGCUUUAAUCCGUAGCCAGUUUUCAUUUCCGUGGCCUCCUAGUGGCUACACACUUUAGGGAUGGGGUGGAGGGUGUGAUUUAUGUUUGUCCCAAACCGACCCACCAAACCCGGAUAGAUAGAGGGAAGGAAGCGGAAAUCGUUCCAUGGGAGAAUCGUGACCAUCGGACUGCUCCAUGCUGAUCCACAUCCAGUCAAUCGGGAGGAGGAAGCCGGGAGGUAGAAUUGAGUUUUACAUUUUUGCACCCAUUUUAAUGACACGCGAAAAGUGCUACUCUUGCUAAAGCCAACAGGACAGGGCAGAACCGAGGUAAAAGAAAGUACGUUGAUAAUUAGGACACUUCAGUCUUCAGACACAGAAUGGCCAUUAUGUACGCUUCUUCGGCACAUCCGCUCUUAUCGUGUUCGCACUUCGCACCGUUCCACUUGGGCGCUCGCUCCUGCUCCCGGCCUUAAUUGUGAUUAAUGAGGCGCGUGUCCUGCAAUCGCGGCACAUCCUGCUGAGCACCCUGAUGAACGGUACUAAUCGAACGGUGUAGAGGCACUGUUGAAAGUAGGGAGAAGUCUUACUCCAUACUGCGAGUUCCGCCGUACAUUGCUCACCGUCAAAGUUGCUCCACUGAGGCUGGGCCGGAUGAUGGUGAAACGAUCGUCCUUUUUUUUGUUAUUCCACAACCAGAACUGGAACGGUGAUUGUUUAAUAGACAAACUUUUGAGUGGUUUAACGGUGGAUGAGAGACUAAGAGAGAGUUAGUUGUCAGGAAAAUUUUAAAAUCUAAGUUCUGAUUAUUGGGAAAAAACGGGCUAACCGACAACACAUUUCAAUCUGAAUUAUGUUAUGUGGUUUUCCUUUCGUUCAUUUUUCUUAUUAACACAUUCGAGAAAUUUAGAGCACAAUAAGACGAAAAAAGACAUCCUUAAGAAUUCAAAGCGUUGGAUCCAUCCUCCUCAUUUUUCAACUUCAUUCGGAUGACUUAGAGGAUCUAAGAGUUCGUCCCCAUAGGAAUCGAGUUCGACCGUUGGAUGCAACGAGUCCGGCUCGACCCGUAGGGAAAACGAUUUCAGGUCGACCCGUGUGAUCGACGAUUCACUCGAUCUCAUGGCACCCACGGGUCCUCGUACGAACUCGGAAUAAGAUCCGAGCUAUUCCGGCUUGCUAACGGAUGGCUCCGGCUGUUUUCAACGUUUCAACCAACCACAAGAUGUACAGAUUGCCAGAUUCAGAUAGCUUAAAGCCACCUAGGAACUACUUUCUAAGCGCCUAGCUACCAACUUAUUGCUCCAUUCUGUUGACCCACUCGCAAUCAUUGCUAGUCAACCACGAAGUUUUUUCAACACAAAACCUAUAACAAAAACGACAUACCUACUUCUUUGCCUCGAUCUAACCGUAACGUCUUUCUAAUUGCCAGUCGAAAUUACUUUUUUCCUCGGACUGAAGCUUUCUUUUUUCACUUAACAUUUUUCAACUUUUACCACCACGUUUCGUUGCUGUGGGGGGGGGGCAGUUAAAUAAAUCGCUGCCUGAUGCAAAGUAAAUGUGCUGUACAUUUUUGGUUUUUCUUUCUCUGUCGGACACAAACACACACAGACAAAAGCAAUCAUACGGAAAGUCCCUGCUCGAGAGGGCAUCCGGAAUUAAGUGAACCAUUCUUUACAGCCGUAGGAUUUUCCACAAGGAAAACUUUUAAUCCAUCCCAUCAGCCACCGAAUGUUCUCGCUUGGCAUGGGUCGUUUGGGGCCAGUCGAACAGUGGAUGGAGCACAAAGCACCUCGGAAGACACUAGCCGUGCCGUGUCGUGCUGCGAAUGAGAUUGUUUUCUUGCUGUUAUUUGUGUUUUUAAUUUAGUUUCCUGUUUCGCUCCUGGAGUAGUCCGAGCGAGAGAGAGAGGGAGCGACAGGACACCAAAGUCGCCCAGGUCAGAAUUUAAUCUAACCGGAUCGGAUCGGACGGUGAGAACGAUUUGUCACGGUCAACCCAGCGGCAACAGAGAUUGAGGCGUAGAAUCGUCUCGAUGAAACAGUAGCGCGAAAAGAUGAAAAGAUUUCAACCGAAUUAUCUGCAUUGGGGGAGAAGGGCAACGCAAAGUGGUCCCUUGUUUGGGUGUUAUAUUAUGUUAAGUUUGAACCAAACCCGAUCGCUUGUCGAACUGCUGGACGGACGCUCGUCCCGUCGACGCAGUAUUGUAGUAGUUGCAUUUGUUUCCGCUUAGUUUUGUAGGUCUUAUCUAUAUCUACCUCACUAGGUUACUAGUCUGCCCCAAAUAGGUUCCCCAAAUACUCACCCUCUCUCUCUCACACACACACACACUAGUGUAAAUGUUAUUGAAUAAGCUUGUUAUGUUAUGUUUUAGCUCACACGCUCAAAAUCUCCACCAUCCUAACUGAUAGCAAAAGGGUUUUGGUUCACUGAGAAGCUAAAAGCGCUAGCUAUACAAGAAUCGGCGGUUCCGUGGGGUAAAAUGCUACAAAUUAAAAAUGGAUUGGGAGGUAGAAAUUAUGUAAAACCAGCGCCUAACUGAUCACAACAGACAAAAACACGUCUUAAACAUUCAAUUAGGAAAAACCAAAAGUGAGAGACAACCCCUCGUACUGAGGGCAGAAUCAGCGGAUUUUACACUACUGUAAAUACUGUUAAACGAUGUACAUAGGAAAUCUUUUCUGUUUCGAGAAACAGUAGUAAAAGAUCGCACAAAAGCAAAAAGAACUAAUUCAAGCAAAAAAACCGGACACAAACUCACGAACAGUUGUUUGUAAGAAAUAAAGUGUAAGAAAUAAAGAAGGAUGGUGCAACAUGCACAUUAAAAGAGAAAAAUAUUUAAAAAACAUAAAACAAGCAAAAAGACCAAAAUCAAAAGAGUAGUGUAGAGAAGAAAAAGGUUAAGUAAAAGCGGACAAAGCUAGCAAAACAAAAAAAAAGAUAAACAAAAGAGAGAGAGAGAGAGAGAGAGAGAGAGAGAGAGAGAUGAAAGAAAAACGACAUGAAACUAAAAUAGAAAAAAGAAAAACCAACAAUACCAAAACCUGUGCUGUAACUAUUAUUGUUGCUUUUUUUUGAACAAACAAAAGAACUAUUACAAAAAAGAAACAAAACGGAUGAUGAGCAAAAUGUGUAAAUAUGUUCAAUGUGUAUAAAAAGAAAAGGAAACACUGAUCAGCUUAUAUAUUUAUUUCAAUUCCCACACAGACACACGUAAAGAAAAUUCAUUGUGAAAGGAAAAUAAGGAAGUAGCUAGAACGAUAUGGAAACAAAACGAAGAAAAACACACACCCAGACACACUAUGAUACCUAUCAACGUUGUAAAGGAAAACAAACAAAAAAGUGUUUAAAAAACGCGGGAAGCAAAAAACGCUUAACGGAGCGCACUCGAAACACUAUCUAAAAUAAAAUCAUCCUUUCGCGGAAGAAAUCUGGAUUUCCCGUACGAACGGAAAACGGAGGAAAACUUCAA